AACCCUCUCCCGUGCUAGUAGUCGACAACCGGCAGCCAAAGGGAUACUCCCGCAGAUCCAUUCUUGGGCGAGAAGAAAGAAGCAGACAGCAAUGGCGGCAGGCGCCUCCUCCGCCGCCUGGAAGCGAUGGCUCCGCCCUGAGGCGUACCCGAUCUUCCUGACGACCGGCGUGGCCGUCUCCAUCUGCGCCAUGCAGCUCAUCCGCAACAUCACCACCAACCCGGAAGUCAGGGUGACCAAGGAGAACAGGGCGGCGGGGGUCCAGGAGAACUUCGACGAGGGGAAGCGCUACUCGCAGCACGGAUUCAGGAAGUUCAUCGACCGCCAGCGCCCCCAGAUCAUGCCGGCCAUCAACAACUUCUUCUCCGACCCUCCCAAGUAUUAGUUCGGUCCAGGCAGGCCGCGAAUACCUCUCUGCGCUGCUCGUUUGUUCCGAAGAUUGUGCCAGGAUUUUAGAUGCUGUCUAUGUUGUUUGUCAUAAUUCCAAUCGUUUACAUGCCCAUGGAUUGAUUGCCUGGCUGGUACGCUUCAGAAUCAUUAUUCGAAUCGUUGCCUGGCCAUGGAAAUAUUUGAUCAUGUUAAGAGUAUUACUUUUAUAAAUGAUUUUAAAUCUUUGAUGGAUUUUGGUUUUCUUU